AAGAGUUGGUGGUGAGAUCGAUGAAGUGGCAGGCAGAGAGGGAAGAGGAGGAGGAGGAGGAAAAUCUCACGAGAUAAUGAAAGAAAAAGAGGCGAGCUGCUGGAGUGAGAGCAGGAGCGCAGACGCGGAGAUAUUUCUGAGGAGCAAAGACUGAAAAUAAACGCCAGGAGAGCGAGGAGCGCGAGGGAGGUCUGUUUGCAACCGCAGAUGUGUGCUUUUUCUUUAUUUCCGCUCCCCUGCGCUGUGGUUUUGGUGAAUGUUGAACCCCGGGGCGCAGCGGACCAAUUGUGUGAAUCCGUAGGUCUACUCGGCGACACAGUCGGGGAGAUGCUCAGGGCGGACCACAGCCGCGGACGCGCUCUGAGAACCGGGUAGGAAAAAGGCACAAAAGCGACGCUUCAGCCAGAGAACAGCUGAGCAGCAGAGACGCGAACAGCGCGCGGAUGCUCCACAGAGAAUAAAAGAAGAGCCGAGACUCCUCGUGCUGCUGCAGACUCAUUCUCUGGGAGUUUGAGGGGAGUUUGAAGACAGUACUUAAUGUUAUCAGAUAAUUAAUUAGACACCCAUAAGCCCGGAAAUCAAUUAAUUCACAAAUCAAUAAAUCCAUAGUCUGGUGUAACAAGAGCCGGUUAGCCUGGCUGUUGAACAACAAUAACAAGAGGAGGACAGCAGCAGCACACGUAGCCACCGAGUACACAUUAUUUGCUGAAACCGAAGAUGGAUGUGGGUCUAGGGGAGAUGUCCCUCCACGGCCACCCGGAUCUGUCCCACAGCCAGGACGGCAGAGCCAUGCUGCACUCCAGGGACCUUUCAGCGGCCUUCCCCAGGCCGUCCCUCGGCAGCUCCUCCAUGUCUCUGGAACCGGAGCCCCGUCCGCCGGGUUAUGACCACUCAAUGUCGGCGCUGGGCUACAGCGGAGACUCCCCGUCCAGCUCCGGCAGCACCUACACCACCCUCACUCUGCAGCCAUUUGAUGACAAGUUCCACCAUCACCAUCACCAUCACCCCUCUCCCAUCAGCAACGUUAUUGGCAGCUUCACCCUUAUGAGAGAAGAUCGCCUUGGCGCCAACUUCUACAACCCCUAUGGCAAGGAGCUGGCUAUGUCCCAAAGCCUGUCGCCCCCCUCCGCGGCAUCAGGCCUGGGUUCGUCCAUGCAUGGCUACGGCAACCUGGGCAAUAGCCCCAAUGGCAAUGGUGGACAGAUGCUCCACAGCGGUUACGAUGUCCACGGAGGGAGCCUCUUCUGCCGGACAUCAGAUUUCGGUCGAGAGAUGUCACCGCCAGGCUGGGGGGGAGGCGAUGUGUCAGUUGGACAUCAGCUAAAUAAAAUGGAGGCUCACCAGCACACCCGCCACCACCCUCACAUCUACAGCCAGCACUACCAACCUCACCAUCACCCUAGCCAGCAAACCGCCAAGAUGGGCGAGCACCUCCACUCUUCCUCAUCCGCCUCAUCCUCGCCCGGCGAGGGCAUGCUGCCCGGCUUGCAGGGCAACGGAGGCAGCGGCGGGGAGGAAAUCAACACCAGGGAUGUGGCCCAGAGGAUCAUCACUGAGCUGAAGAGGUACAGCAUCCCCCAGGCCAUCUUCGCCGAAAGGGUUCUGUGUAGGUCACAGGGCACGCUGUCUGACCUCCUGAGGAACCCCAAGCCCUGGGGCAAGCUCAAGUCUGGCCGCGAGACCUUCAAGAGGAUGUCUCGCUGGCUGCAGGAACCGGAGUCAAGAAUGGCCUCGCUCCGGCUGGAGGCCUGCAAGCGCAAGGAGCAGGAGCAGAGCAAGCUGGAGCGCAACCAGGGCCCCAAGCGCACCAGGCUGGUGUUCACAGACCUGCAGCGGCGCACGCUCAUGGCCAUCUUCAGGGAGAACCACCGCCCCACCAAAGAGCUGCAGGUCACCAUCUCCCAGCAGCUGGGCCUGGAGCUCUCCACCGUCAGCAAUUUCUUCAUGAAUGCCCGCCGACGCAACCUCAACAAGUGGGCAGACGAGGGGCGCCCCUCCUCCACCGGCUCCUCGGGCUCCAGCGUUUCCUCCUCCGCAGUGUCUUGCAGCACUGCGUGACGACAGGCCGCCGAGGAGGUGCACUGGGGAGGGCACUGAAGGAGCAAGGGGGCACAUAGACUGGUCUGGGUGGAGAUCAGCAGUUACAAAUGUCCUCCUCGUUAUCAGAAGGAGCGACGGAGCCAGCAGUUAGAGAUGAUUUAACGAAGAUGAAGCUUUGUUUUCCCCAAACCAAAGUCGAUCGCCUCUUUGAAAUAGAAAGAGGCGAUGCCUAGAAUGAUACGAGUGCAGGAUAUGAGUUCCUGCUUGUAUAGUCAAGGGUGCAGAGAUGAUUCGACUGAGAGAAGAUCCACACCCGCACAUAGGCCCAUCGCAUUGCAUUAUUUUGAUUAUGUAGGUUAGACACAAUGAGGGUGUCACAAAUCAGGAGGAAGCAUAUUUUGAUGAACCUUCAUGAACUUUUAUUCUCAUCUCUCCAAACGUGAAGAAUCAAGAGGAGAAGUCUGCUCACACCUGGAGAGCUCCAUUUGUAACCUUUUAAUCAAAAGUGAUCACCAUCAUCCAAAGAUGUUAAUCUACCCCCUAAUGUUCCCUUUUCCUCCUCGAGAAUCAAGGAGGCAGAAAAGGCUUUCUUUUUUUUUAAUUCCUGUUUUUUUAUGUGAAGAAAUCAAUUCCCCUUUCUUAGCAUGUGUUUCCAUGGUGAUGGUUCCCAGGACUGUUUGGUGCUGUUCGGAGCCUGGAAUAAUCAGGAGGGUUCUGUAGUGUCCGUAAACCCCCGACUGUCAAUCACUAACCGUCAACAAGAGCAUCUACGGCGUUUUGUCAAAAUGGUCUCGCCUUGAAUUAAUCAGAGGUUUCAAGAGGGAUCUACAGUUUGGUGCAUCUCGACGUACGCCGGGAUAGAAUCAAUAAACACAAGUAGGACGCCCAAGCAGACUUGUUGAUGCAACCGUUUAGCUUUAAGACUCUCGCCGAGCUUCCAGAGGAAAGCUCCACAGCCAUUUUCGUUUACUCGAAACCAAGCCACAAAAAAAAAAAAAAACCCAGAAGGGAGCAAACCCGUCGGAACAGAGAGGUUUCUAGAGAAGACGUGUAUAGUGACAUUUAAGUAUUUUUUUCCAAAUCAUUUCCAAACAACUGUACGCACCUCUGCUCCAUUCUGAAGUCUUUUUUUACAGAUGUCUAGAAAAAUGGAGGAAUGUGAUUCUUUCUGCCCUUUUUGUACAGAUUUCAAGCACAUUGCUGUAUUUAUAGAAACACGUUGGAAGUGCGGGGCCGUUUGUUUCAGCCCCGCUGACGUUUAAGGUCGUUUUUAUUUAUUAAUUUAUUUUUUUUGGGUCCACAAAGGAAAGGCUUUAACACGCCUCCUUUUAGCCGGUAGAUAAAUCAAACCUUUCCAAAUGCAAUUACUGAUCUGAUCACCGUAAUUAUUUCUGCAUUUGUGUAUUUAUUGUUUUCUCUUUUCCCUUCUGUAUUUAUUUGCUAAUUUAUUGAUGCUAUCUAUAUGCUGUAAGUAUUUAUUUAACACUGCUCCGUAUGUCUGUGUGAUACUGAAGACUUUUUUCUGAUGGGCACUUUUAGCUGUAGAAUCCCAUCGUAAUACCAAAGAUUAACAUUGCCUCCCUGAAUGUACGGCCUGAAUCCCCGACCCCUGAUCCCGAUCCCGACCCAAUCCAACCACCCCGUGAUGUUGAGUAUCUCUCGAUCUUAUAGGCCUGGCCUUUCUCUUUUUGUUGUAUUUUGUAGGUUAUUGGGGAAGACUUGCAAAUGUCUCUGCCGUCAGAUCUUAAUGCCAAGGCCAAAGCUUGUUUGAAUGUUGUGAUAUUACUUAUAAUUAAUAAUCCUAUGAAUAGUAAUGACGACAAAGAUGGCGUGGCGACGCUUGGGCUUUAGAAGUUGUGAGGCUGGAUUUGGAGCGAUGCCAUCUGGAGGAGUGUGCAAAGUGUCUGGGGACCCGCUUAGAGUCCUUCAGGGUCACAUGCAAACGUGUGUGCUGCUGUUUGUCUGCUUGGCUAAACGUGCAUGGUUGUGACAGCCCCCCCCCACGCCGUACCUGUGGAGUGUGGACACUCACGUCCAACUCAGUGUGGUCUCACUGUCUCCCCCGUCUUCAUCUUAAGCUCUUCUGCCAGUUGUCUCAGUUCCACCAGGAUGCCUCUUACCUUUCUUUGUUUGAGAUAUUGUUUAGAUAUGUUCCUCUGUUAUUCUUAGAGGUGCACUAAAGCCAGUGUCUCUCCGGGGUGCGAUUAUGGACAGAACAUUUCAAGAAAAGGUGCAAAUUUUUGAUUUCACUCAUGCUGUUUUGGGAGUUUCCAGGUCACGUGGAGCAUGUGACAAACUGAGAACCAACUGUAAUAUUCAUGGAAUGCUCAUGCAGAAGUUUUUGCUAAAAUUUUGCUGCAAAAUGUCUUAAUUAUUUUUCAGUAUGGUCAGAAUUUACUCCUGAGUUCAUUUUUUAUGGGUUUUUUUGUUAUACAGGGUAAAAGGAGCUCAUUUUUACCUUAGCUAACAUGUUCCAACGUCUACAGCCGCCAUCGUCAGAGCUAUCCCCGAUAUUGUUAGCGUCCCUUCCGUUUAUCUGCGGGCAGCAGAGGACGAUGUCGCCCUCCACUGCCUGCACCCCCUCCGCUGAUCACAAUGUCCCAUGAGUAUGCAUACUCUAAUCUCUAAUCCAUAAUGGACUGGGAACAGAAAUUCAAAAGAUGGAUCAGGAAGGCGAUCGAGAUAAGGAGAUGUGGAUCCAGAAGUAUGAGCAGGGACAAAGGAGUAUCCAUGCUGGACUUCUCACGGGACAUAGCGACCAACGGAGGAGACGCGGGCAGUAGUCCGCAGUUAAACGGAAGUGACGUCACUAACAUCGGCAAUAGCUCUGACAAAGGCGGCAGUAGACGUCGGAACAUGUCAGCUAAGGUAAAAACAAGCUCCUCUUACUCUGUGUAUAACAAAGAACCACAAAAAAAUGAUGUUACUCCUAAAUUGUUUGACAUUUCAUAAGGAAACCCCAGAUUUUUUUUUGACGGAAUUGUGUUUUUGUUCAGAAAAAUAUUGCCAUCCACACGAUUGAAACAAAAAUGCUGAAGUACUCACACCACAAUAUUUCUUUAACAAACCAUCAAAAUACAGAGAAAAAAACAUAGUUAUGAUAGUUUAUUUUCAUUACCGAUGCCCAUAUGUAAAGGUCACGGUCAGCCGAUGGCUGAUAUGUGCUGUCGAUUGUUGUGGCCCAUUUUCAUAGCCGAUAUCUAGAUGUUUUCCACCCUAUUUGCAUGUUAAAAUGUCACUAAUAACAUCAGUUGAUGUGCAGAAUUUCUGACGACGAAUCGGUUUUGGGCGUUGAAUUUAAACAACUGUAAAAGUCAGAUAUUUAACUAAAGUUAGUCAAACAAAUCAGUUAAUGGAACCAAAAAUGCAUUUUAGUUAAACAUUUAGAGCAUUCAUUAUCCAAAUGUUAGUCAGGAACGUAAAUAUACUUUUAAAUUCAAUUCUGCAGCAGCACCAGGGUGUCCAGGGAUGUGCCUGACCUUAAAUUGGUUUAUUAAGGGGUACAUCAGCCAACUGAUAGAUCGGUCUAUCCCUAAAUCUUAGCUUGACUAAAAACUUUUUUAUUUCUUUCAUAAUAUUGUUUACUCGUUUUCAUUUCUGUCUUUUGAGUGAUUUAAAAAAUGGAUUUGCAUGAAAAAGCCUCCGUAUCUCCCAUCUACACUGAUGCUUCACACUUUUAUAUCGCUACUUUGGAAGGGGUUUCUGAAAAAAAAAAAUUUUUUAUCAACAAAAAUAUCAGUUUAUGUGUAGGAGAGAAGUAGUAAGUAAGGUAAUUUCAUUUAUAUAGCACUUAUCACAGAUAUAGAAUCACAAAGUGAUUCACACAGAUCAAAACUAAAUAAAACUAAGUCAUUAAAUCAUAACAAUCACAAUACAGAAAUAGAUCAGAUCAGAAAAAUAAAGUCAUAAAAUUAUAAAAUUUCAUAAACAGAUGAAAGACUACUAAUUUGAGUUAAACAUGAGAAAAUGAAAGAUUUAGGUAAAAGCAGCUUUAAAUAAAAGGGUCUUUAGCUGUUUUUUAAGUGUCCAGACUGUCAAUGCUACAUAAGGAUAAAGGAAGAUCAAACACAUCAGAAAAUCCCAGUUUUAAGAAAUAUCUGCAGUAGUGUGGAUUGAGAUAAUCGUGUACCUUUUUCAAGCAUGUUAAAAUAGCGUCAACAAGAGCGAGGCCCUGCAAUUAAAGGGAGUGUCAAGUGUUUUGAGACAACUGGAGCUCGCCUCCCAGGUUCCAGUCAAAGUUUGCCGCCAACAGUCUCAGCCCAGUGAGAUACUGGUUUGGAUUUGAGUGUUUCUCUCCAGCCUUCUGUGCUAUUGAUGUUUAGAUCUUCCUCUUUUUGGAGCCUUUAGUAUCUAAUAUUUGUUUUGCACAGACAUAAAGCACCAAUCUUGAUCAUUUCGAUCUCCUUGAAUGCUUCCCCUAGUCCUUCGAGGUUCUCAGAGCAGCUUUGCGUAGCACAAAUGUUUAGAUUUUACGUUUUGUGUGAUAGAAGCAUAAAUCAGGACCAAAGACCUUGCUCUCUGACUCUUGUGUAAAUGUUUCCAAACAGUAAUGAGGCUGACACGGCUGUAUUCCACCCUCGCUCUCCGUCUCAUUUUCUCUUCUCUUCAGCGUUAGAAGAGGCGGUUUGGUCUAGCCCCCUUCACAGCGUGCACUUGAAAGACGAGCGGUCAUUAAAGAGGCCAUCGACUUUUUCGCCGACUUCAAAGGGGAGGCUUUUUUUCCCCCCGUCUCCUCUCUGGGUCCGUGGGCCGAGGUCCGCUGUUGGCCAGACCUGUGGGCUUUAGGGGGGCAUUCAAAAAGGGGUGGGCGGGGGUGGGUGGGUGGCUGGUGUGAGAGAUCAGAGAGGAGGCAGAAUCAUCCAGAAUGAGGAUGGUAGUUGUGGUGUGUUUGUGUGUAGAAGGAGUAGAAAUAGGAGGGGGUUGUUUGAGGAACAGGAGGUGUUGGAGUAGCGGGGCAUGGAACUGGAUUAAACUUUAAUGAGUGACAAUUGUAAGCAUGCUGAGAGCUAAAGGGGGGUGCUGGAGAAGGGGUGAGGGUGGAGAAAAAUUUAAAAUAAAAGAGGUUGAAGGCCGACCCCUGUCAGGGUAUCAAAGCUGAGGUGACACCUUUCAGGUCUCCCUUUGUCUCUCUGACCAGGAGCCUAAAAUGGAGACAGAGCCACCUUCUGCUCUGUGUCAAGCAGGGAAGCUCAUCCUUCUCUGAGCAUAGGAGGCAGGAGGGAGGGGGGUGCUGCAGGUGAAACCGUUUGAGCCUGCAGCACCCCCUGGUGUCACGUCCAGCCAAACCCUGAAGUCAGGAAACAAGCCAAAUAGUUUCGAGUAUCUUUCAACCAAAAAGGAAAACUACCAAAGAGGAACCGGUUGUUUUGAGCAGCUUCCUGUCAGAGCUGCAGUAGCACUCAGAGGACUUUCUGUGGGUAGAAUCAGUAUCAUAGAGUUGGAACUGAGACACUGACACAAGGCCAUGUCUUCAGAUGGACGUCUUUAGACUGUAAGCCCCGGUGUCUCCGUGUCUGUCCCCAUGCCUUUUCCCUUCGUGUCCACAAAGACUUUACCCAUCUACCUCAACUGUGUGAGAUGUUGUGUGAAAAAGAUAUUUCUUAACCAAAGAAUCCAUCCUGUCAGGGUGUCUGUCGAUCUAAACUAUCUGUCUCGUCUGUCCAUCCGUCUCUUCUUCAUCAUGCCUUGAACUCCAAACCAAAUGUGCUGGAAUCAAUCCAAAACAGGAGCCAAACGAGGCUCCCGUCCAGCCAAAGCUGAAGUCUAGUACGCUAGUGUCCCAUCCAUCCAUGUUCUGUAUAUAAAUCUAAAGUCAUUCUCAAGACCAAAAAAACCAAAAAAGGAGGUGACAAUCUAAGCAAGGAGGUUCUUGCUGUAAUCAACGUUGCCUGUUCCUUGUUUUCCAUAAAAAAAGGAAUUAAGCCCAAGAGGCUCAAGAAUCAAGCUCUCAUCCUGAAAUAAAAAAGGUCAAAGAAGACAAGAAGCUAUUUUUCCACAUUUGUAAGCCGCCCCCCACCCUUUCUCCCUCCCCCGUUAUUUCCUGAUGUUUAGUGUAGUAGAAAUACUGUUUGAUCCCACUGUUGUAAGUAGGAAUUAAUGAAAUCCAUACAAAAAGCUUUAAGUGAGGAAGAGCUAGUGUUUGGGUCCGAGCCCCCACCCCACCAUGCUUUACCGUGCCAUUCUUGUCCUUGUGUUAGACUUCCUCUUAUGAAUGUGGCUAACCAACCAAAGGCUUAAAGUAAAAAUAGAAAAGAUACACAACACUUUAAACAUCAAUCAUGGUGGGACGUUUUGUAUCAACAACUAAAGAAAAUCCCUUUGAAUACCUCAUGUGAAAAUUGUUUGUUGUGAUGUUGCACUAAAAAAUAAAAAUGACUCAUUUGUAACCCAA